AUCUAAAAAUAAUUAAUAUAUAUAUAAGAAUAUAAAUCUAUUUUUAGAUAAAUUCGGAUAUCCGAAUACUUCGGUUCGGAUCAGAUUUGGUUUUAUAAAUAACAAAAUUUUGAAUAAUUCGAAUAUUUAAUCAAUUUAUGUUCGGGUUUGGUACUAUAUUUUCGGAUCGGUAUCGGUUCUAUUCCUUGGAUUCAUUUUGUAAAACCCUAAUAAUUACAUGAAAAACAAAUAUCAACAUAUUUUUCAAAAUAUACACCCGCGCGCCUGCGCGGAUCAAAAUCUAGUUGGAGUUAUAACUCAAGUGUCACUAGCCAACCCCAUUUGUUAGCAGGAUAGUUUCAAUAUGUAGUAAACUUAAUCAUUCAAAUUUGACACACCUACACAGAACCAACUUGGAAAAUGCGCAUGAUUGUCAGGAUUAAAAAUACAAGAAGAAAUUAACAUUUCCAAGAUUUGAUUGUCCAUUAUUAUAUUAGUCGACAAAAAAAAAGAUUGUCCAUUAUUGAUUCAUUCCUUCAUGUUUCUUUUUCAAAGAAAAGGAAAAAACACAUACAGACAUUUGCCAUUUGGAUUGAAUAUUUAGGUCAACCACUAAUAAUAUAUACUAUGUGGUGUUUGGUGGUCAAAUGAGAAGGAACAAUAUACAAGGGUUGGUGUGGUGGGUUAGAAGAAUUUUGCAUGACCAACCAACUCUAGUGUUUAUGGUUUAAGCAGAACUAAACCUUAGAGAAGCCACAUACAUACAUAACUACAACCACCACCACAACCUACACAAAAAGAGGUUCACCCAACUCGACCGGACCCAUAUCAGGAUUAAUAUGUAUUUGCCAUCUGAAUAUUGGGGGUAACGCAUAUAUAUUACAAAUGCAUGGGAUGUAGUUUGAUAGUAUUAUUUUAAAUCGUAGCAACAUGUCUUGCAAGGGAGAGGUUGUGCUACGUUUGGAGGAAGUGUUGCUUCUCUUACCUUCAAAUCUCUUCAACGAGGUCUUUCUUGACUGCAUCGGUCCAUUUCCACAGAGCUAUAGAGAAGGUAGCUACUAUGAUCGGAAGUUACGGAUGUGCUACCUGUCGAACAACAACGGUUUCAUAAAAAAGCAAAGCGAAAAUGCUGGUUCUGGGGGGAUAAAGCCACGUGGCACUGGAGUGUUUCUUCCUGCAAGACCGGUGAGUAGCCCAGAAGAGAAGAGACCGAAGAAGAAGACAUGCCCCAUCAUCUCAUCUCGUUCUAAACAAGUUUUUCUUCCUAAGGAAUGGGCGUAUUAGCUAGUAAAAAACAUUUUAUUGUCCCUGUGUAUAUCUUAUACUAUUACAAGGCUAAACACACAAAAAUAAGUUUAAAUGUCUGUCUCUAGAGUUGGGACCUAUAGAUUAGUAUUGGGUAAGGUUUGAUAUACACACCAUACCAGUUAACAGUAUAAGUCUAGCUUCAAUGCUCAACCAUAAACAUAUGUGUAUAUCUAUCCAAAUGGACAGAAGAGAUGCUGAAGGAUGAUUUGAAAAAUAGUAUAUUUCCAUGGUUAAGUAUAAGUACAAUAAACUAGUUACACACAUGCUUCCUUCUAAUGGUAAUUCACAUAUUUGGCAAAAAAAAAGUACAAUUAGAAGAACAAGAAACUCGUGUCCUUUGUGUAAAACUUAUUUCGUAAUAAUAUAAUGCAACUAAGAAAGGUUCGUUAAACCCCUCCCCUCCCCCCCCCCCCUCCCCCUACAUAGUUUUCUUAUCUCUUUGUUUUCUUAAACUAAAUUAUGAUGAGUUCGACCUUAGAUCUUCUUCUAUCGUCUAAGAACUCAUACAUUUGUAUGAUAGGAUGUAGAAACCCUAAAUAAACUCAAUAAAUUUAUCUUCUUUUUUUUUGUGUGGUCAAACUCAAUAAAUUUAUCUAUUAUUAGAACUUGAAUCUUUGUUGUUUCUUCAAAUGUAAUUUCCACGUUUGCAAUUAUAUGAGAAAAUAAAAUCUCUCUCGUUAUGUCUUUCUAAUAUGUAGAAAAAUUACAAAUGUUUGACCCAGAAAGAUAGUAAAAUAACAAGAACCAUUACUAAUGUUUUGAGUUAUUUUCCUCCUCUUUCGUCUCUUUAUCCUCUCAUACUGGGGAUCAUCAGUCUGGAGCUGGAACCUCAGAGAGGACAAGAGUUUCUUGUUCUUAACCAUGGCAAUAUACAGUUCCCAUGGUAACAAUGUCCACAUGGAAGCUUCUUCCUGAUCUCACCCAUCACAAAUCACAAUUGCUUCCUUACACACAGCACAAACCAUACCCGUCUUUUUAGAAGAACCCACCUCGAAAGUCUCUAACGCCUCAAUCGCUGAUCUCGCCGCUGGUGGUGCACCUCCACCACCACCGUCUUCUUUUUUUUGACACCACCACCGUCUUCUUCCGCUAAAUUCUGAAGCCAACCAUCGUACUCAGCUGCAUCGUCGAUGUAAUCACCAGGAUUAAUCUCCGUUAUCCUGUCCGAUAACAUACGAGGCCUGGUCAGUAGUUCUUCGCACAUCCUUGAAACCUCAGCCAAUUGGCGAUCUAAUCUGAAUAAUUCAUUGUAAAUAGACUCCAGAAUUGACAAUGAAGCGUCAGACAUCGUUAUUUGUAAGAACAGUGUUUACAUGAAUGUCUGAGUUUGUAUGUCUGUAUAAUCUGAAGAAAGUCAUGUAUUUAAACAAACGAAAAGUCUUAAGUCUUAACCUAAUCGUAAUGAGAAAAGGAAAUAGAAGACUAAUAUCUUCCGUUGGGUUAUCGGACUUUUGGCUCCGGUAACGCGAUAGUGGAUUGGGAAAACAAUAUAAAAUGGCAUUCAAUCAUUCAUUAUAAACAUCCACAAUAUUAUAAUCACUAGGAUCAUGAUGAGUUUAUAUAAAAAUUAUUUAGAAAAUAUUGCUUGGAAAACUAAAAUUUAUUUAUUUAAUCAAAUUAAUAUGUUUGGUCAUAUACAAUAAAUUUUGACCAUUAUGUUAAUUAUAUAAUUUGUUCUCUAAUGGACUACCUCUUUUUUUAAAGCGUUUGGUUCUUUGAUGAAAGGUCGGUUCAGAUUCAGUUAGGUUAUUUUGGUUUUUGGUUCGGUUUAGCAUCCGUUCAGGUAUCUAAAAAGUUUUGUCUAGCUAUUUAGGGUUUUGGUUCGGUUUGGGUAACAAAGUUGGGACCAGCUUAUAUUUGAGGUAAUUUUGGUUUUGAUUCGGUUCCGGUUUCUUGAUUAAUUCAGGUUAAAAAGUAAAAAAUAAUUGAGUUUUUCAAAUUAAAUAUUAGAUUUUUGCGUUUUUGAAAAAAAAAGAUAAUUUUAAAUAUUUCAGAUAGAAAGUACUUUAGUAAUUCAUUUUUUGGUAUUUUGACUUAUAAAUAAUAUUUUUAAAUUAUUUGAUUAUUUUAAAACUAAAUAUAGUUAAUAUUUAUAAACAUACAAACUAUAUUAUAGAAAUUAGUGCAGUAUGCUCAGGCUUAAAAAUGCUAAUCGCGUUAGCUAUUUAUAUAGACAUAGGGCUAUAUACGCUGUCAUUAGUUAGUUCUAGUAGUUAGAAUACAAAUUAGUGCAGUAUGAGAGAUGACUUUCUCACACGCCCAUUUUAUAUAGGCUUCAGACGGUUUCUAAUGACAUUUAUCUGUAGCUUUGAAACGGAAACAGUCGUAUGUUGUAGUCUAACAAUAAUAAAAAUGUGAAACUUUUUCAUGAGAUGGCCAUAUGUAUUUCUAUGACUUCGUAGAAUAUGUUUAGAGCAUCUCCAACUCCACUCUAUUUUUCACUCUAAAAUAGAGUUUAGAGUAAAAAAUAUUCUAAUGGUACUCUAUUUCUCACUCUAUUAUAGAGUGAAAAAUAGGUUUACUCCAAAUAUAGAAUAAUUUGUUUUUUUUUUGUUCAUCAUUCUCUAUUUUCUACUCUAAAAUAGAAUACCAUUAGAGCAAAUUCAAACUCUAUUAUAUAGUUACUCUAUUUUUGAGUAAAAAAUAGAGUAAACUACUAUAUAUGUGCACCUUUUUUGAUAACAUGGUUUAUAUAAAUAUCACAUCAUGCCUUGUACCAAAAGUUUUUUCAUAUUAAAUACAAUCUAUAAAUAUCACAAAAGUUUUUUGUGGAAGCACCAUAGCCUAGUGGUUAUGGUUUAAAGGCUUCUACACCCAGGUCUGGGGUUCAAAUCCCAGAUUAUGCAAUUUCUUGCAGAUUGCACAGGAAAUCCAGGUUUCAAUUCCCGGAGCAAACGAUUUAUUCAAGAAUUAUGCGAUUACGGAAGAAAGACUUACAAGAGUUUCUCAACAUGGUGCAAGUAAAUCCGGUCAGACGUGAUCUUCAUAGGACAGCUUAAAUGAUGCGGCUAGGCGUAGAUCUCAUAAGGUAGGUAGUAUUGUCGGUUAUCGAAUCGUUUUUGUAAUCUUUCUCAUAAUUGUAAUAUCUAAAUAAAUCCUCGACAAAAAAAAAAAAAAUACAUAUUUACAAAAAAAAAGAGAAU